AUGUCCGAUCGUGUCGCCAUCCCUCGAUUGCUAAACACGAACAUAAGGCACAAGCCAGGUCGUACCGGGAGAGCCUGCGACGAGUGUCGGUCACGUAAAGCGAAAUGCGACGGCAUCAAACCAACAUGCUCUUUUUGUGUUAAGCAGCAGACAACAUGCAAUUAUUCAGAGCCGAAGAGAAAACGCGAAAAAACUGAGUUGGGAUUGGCGAGGAACAGAGCCGACGGUUUCGAAAGGGUGCUUCGAGAAAUCUUGGACGAAGUUGAUGUUCCUGUCUCGAAGAAGAUAAAGAGAGUACUAAAACUUUCAUCCUUGAGUCAAGAAGCUCACAAGAGUUCGAGCUUCUCUUCUGUUCCAUCCUCGCCAUCCUCUGUUGGCUCCCUAGAUGCCGUCGAUGUGCUUGACGAAGAUCUUAAUCGGAGUCAAGAUAGCAGAGCAAUAGGGUACCUCGGGGGAAGCUCAGAGAUUUCCUGGAUGCGCAGCUUAGAAAUGAAAUCUGCUGGCUCGUCCAACAAUGAGCAGAAUUCGGAAACCAGUCACAACUGGCCACCUUCGCGAACUGCUCCCACCACAUCGAUGAAUUAUCAUGUCGAACCAGCUGCUUAUCCAGCAGAAGAUGUUGACAACGUCUAUGCUCUACCGGAGAAAUUAUCCGCAGAGCGACUCCUAUCAAUAUACAUGGACAGUGUUCAGCCAUCCCUACCGAUUAUUCGAUCAGAUCUUUUCAAGGAUCAGUUUGAUUCCUUCAUUUCAGGACGCUCGGGUCAUCCUGGGAGAAAAUGGCUGGCCGUGCUCAACUUGGUUUUUGCCAUCAGCACGAAGCUAUGCCAGCAUUCUGGCCAAGACACUCAAAAUAUGGGUCACCAAUUCUUUUCCCGGGCGCAAAUGUUGAACAUCUCCGAAAGUAUUGUAGAGGAUCAUGAAGAUCUACAACAGGUCCAGCUUGAGACUCUCGCGGCUUUUUAUCUCAUGAUUUCCUCACAUGUCAAUAGGGCAUGGAAGAUGAUCGGCAUAGCCACUCGCUCCAGUAUUUCAUUGGGCCUUCACCUGCGAGCAACGCAUAAUGAUUUGAACGCAGAAGCGCUCGAAGCCCGGCAUAGACUCUUCUGGUCAAUCUUCAGCCUGGAAAAUCUUCUUUCUGACAUGACAGGACGCGCCUCCGGAUUGAGUAGUAUUUACUGCUCAGCACCUCCGCCACUCGCAUCAAGAGAUAUGUGCCCCUUCACCAACGGCACACCAAACGGCCAGAUAGACCCAGCUUCCAAAAGUCCACCGAUGAAUUGGACAAUGGAUCAAGAACACAAUCACCUGAAAGCUCAGCGCGACCUCACAAGAAAAAUGGAAGCCACUCACGAGCUGUAUUUCUUCUGUCUUGUCGACAUAACGUCCAUCUCACAUACUGCAUCGGCUAGUGUGUAUAAUAGAGAAGCGCUCAAGAUAGGCUGGAGUGAGAUUGAGAGUCGAAUCGAUUUUUACAAUAGAGUGAUGCUUGACUGGCUCUCUGGUUUACCAGAUUGCCUCGAAUUUGAUAAAUUGAAUACCGUCCCAGUCCUCUCUCCUCGACAAGCUUAUGGGGCUUCUUUGGCAUUACACUAUCACAGUGCACGAAUCCUUCUCAACAGACCAUGUGUCACUCGACAGAAGGGUGGGAAAAGCUUUAAGGGACACCUCUCCCGCGCGAGGAAGGAUAUCGAAAUGACUUGUUUACAAUCCGCUCUGGCAAUACUUUCUAUUUUUCCAGAAGAGCCGAGCACGAGCUGGUUCCGAUGUGUCGCUUGGUGGAAUAUUCUUCAUUUUCUCGUCCAAAGCACCACCAUAUUUCUCAUUAAUCUCUCCUACCUGGAAUCCACGAAAUCACAAGGUUCAAGCCCCACCAGCGAUGCAAGAACCGACCAGUUUUCAACCUUGCCUUCAACGAUGACCAACCCCGACACUAUUGUAGCAGCUACCAGAAAGGCGUUACUGUGGUUAUCCCACCUGGGCAUGACAGACGCAUCGGCCCGAAGAGCGUUUAACCUCUGUAGUAACUGCAUCCGUCGCAUGGAUUUGGGAUAUACGGACCUUGCUAGCCCUACUAGAACGAACUAUCCCUCCGAGUCGCCUCGUCUCGAUGUACCCACCGACCAGUCACACCAGCAAUACCGCAGCAAGCAAAAUGUGUCGCAUUCGCGGUUUUUUGGCUCUAGAAGCUUCGGGUUCGAUGGAAAAUUUGAUACAGCCUCUUCGCCCGCAAAAUCGAAAGUUAAAGAAGAACCGGGACUUAUACAACCCUUGAUUGGAACACUUGCAGUGGAUGUUGACAUGUCUGACUACAUUCCCAACCUGGAGUCUGCAACUUUGGACGAUGUUUUGCAGUGUCUUGCAGCAUGA